AUGAAUUCAUUUGGAAAAGUAGCUAUUAUUCAAAAGGAAAAAACAGAGAGAGUAGAAUUCGAAAAAGGCGAGACUGUUGGCACCUUUAUUAACAAUGUUAAAAGAGGAAAUAAUGUAUUACAGCAAUUAUUUUAUUUACAGCAUAAUAACGAAAAAAUUUUAGAUUAUAACAAAAAAUUAAGUGACUAUGGUAAUAACAUUAAAUUAUUUGCAAAAGCACUUGAUUUUCCUUAUUUUUCAUUUGCUACAAAUUUUCCGACGUUUCAAUAUCCAUUCAACAAACCAAACAUGAAUUUUGAAUCAAUAUUACAAAGUUUAGUUGAAGCAGAUAUAAUUGAAGAAAAUACGAUUAAUUUUGAAUUUUGUGGGUCACAUCUGAAAAAUGACGAUUAUAUAAUAGAAACAUCAUCUUCAAAAGAAAAUCCUAUCGUUGUUGGAGGAGAUUUCGUUUUUGAAUAUGGUAAAGGCGAUUACUCUAUUUUAAUUUGGGCUCCAGUUAGCAUAACUUGGACAAAGCUAAUGCAUGAAUUAUUAAAAAAAUUACCAGAAAUUGCACUUCAUCCAAAUUUCCAACAAAAUGAACCAGAAUUUUAUUCAGAAUUAAUAUAUCAUAUUGGAUAUGACCAAAUUAAUAAGUUUCUUAUUGAAUUUUUAUCAUUUGUUGAAGUGAAUGAAAAUAUUGAAAUUUUAAUAGACAAAUACCCUGGAUUUAUACCUAUUAGAAAAGUUAGAAAUAAUACUAAUAAUCAUGGUGAAGAUAAUACUAACUCUAAUAAAAAUGGUGGAAAAGCUCUUGGUUCUAAUAAAGCAGGAAGUCCCGUAGUACCUGCAAUUGAAGCAAAUCCGGGAUUGCAAACUCUUCCUAAUCCUAUUGCUAAAUGCAUAAACACCAAACCAAAUGCUCUUUCGCUGUUACCUAAGUCAAAGUCAGAAUAUAAAAAGGCUGGGAAUUCAAUAAAUACCAAAAAAGAUGGGCACGUAAAGGAUUGUCUUCCUAAGGCGUCCUGA